UUUUCGUUGUUAUCAGCUGAUAAGGAUUAUGAUUAAGCAUUAACAGAAACUGUCUGAAGUACUUUACUACUAUUAUUCAUAGAUACAAACUUUUAUGAAAUAAAUAGUUAUUGAAGACAAAAACAUGUAUUCAUGUCUCUAUUGUAAUAAAGAGUUUAAAUACGAAAGUGAGAAAGGGAGGCACGAACAAAGCCACAUUCCUCAAUUUGAAUGUAUAGAAUGUAAAAAAAAGUUUAGUUUUUUGUCAGCACUAAGACGCCACCAAAAACAACAUCAAAGAACUGGCAGUGUAAAAUGCCCUCAGUGUGGGCGCAAUUUCCGUGAUGAGACAUUGUUGAAACGGCACAUUCAGUAUGCACAUAAAGACACAUAUAUAUGUGCAAAAUGUUAUGCAAAGUUUAACAGCCAGCAAGCAUUGUUGUCACAUUCAAAAACACACAAGCCGAAGUUGGAAAGAAGAUACCGGUGUGGACACAAUGGAUGUGAGAAAACAUUUAACUUUGCUCAUCAUCUGAGACAUCACGAGUUGACUCACACUGAUAACAAACCAUAUUACUGCAAAGAAUGUGGAAAGGGUUAUAUACAAUUGAAUCACUAUAAAACGCAUCUGUUGGCUCACCAACCAUCAGCCCUCGAGUGUUCACAAUGUAUGAAGAAGUUCUCCAACAAGUAUGCUUUGAAGAGACAUCAUAAACUACACAAAAACAAAUGUAAAAUGGAGGUGUCAAGUCAGGAACUGUAUUUAGACAACAAUUUGAAGUCACAACCAAGCCUUUCCCAUGUAAGAAUGGAAGAAAAUAAAUUAGACAUAUUAGUAGAGCAAAAUAUAAUUAAAGAAAAUAAUAAUAUUCAAAAUAACACCGAUUCCAUUAAGAUAAGCAAAGAAGAUAAUAAUAAUGAUCUUAGAAAUAAGGAAAGACCUGAAGAGAGUAAAUGUCACACAUGCAAGUGUAAAAGUGGAAAAUUUAUUGAGAAUAGUAUGCCUCAGUUAGAAUAUAAAGAUGAUGGCACAAUUAAAAUAAAAGAAUUCGUUGAUGUUGAUAUUGACAUCGAUGUUGUAACAGUUCCUCAAAAAUCAGGCGAGGAGCUUCAAAGUAUUUUUCCAUAUAACAGUUGCAGAGAUGUUUUGGGUAAAUGUAUAGUUUCUGGAAAUGGCACAAUAAGUGAAGAGUGCAUAUGUGCGAAAAUGGCUUUAGAUGAUGAACUAAUGAUCUCUCAAGAAGUAGACGAAAUAACACCUUGCCCCACAACAGCAUUUACUUGACCAAUAAAGUUUGGGUACCAAAA